GAAGAAACCCAGUUGAUUAUAGUCGGCCUCAAGGAGAGACGAAUCUAGUGGAUUGGCUGAAGUCAAUGGUAGGGAACCGAAGAUCAGAAGAAGUAGUUGAUCCGAAAAUACCCGAACCGCCAUCCUCAAAGGCUCUUAAACGAGUGUUGCUCGUAGCUUUGCGUUGCGUAGAUCCUGAUGCCAACAAGAGACCUAAAAUGGGUCAUAUCAUACACAUGCUUGAAGCUGAAGAUCUACUCUUUCGAGAUGAACGACGAACGACAAGGGACCAUGGAACCCGCGAGAGACAAGAGACAGCUGUGGUUGCUGCGGCGGGUAGUGAAAGUGGUGAGAGCGGUUCACGGCAACAUCAGCAAAAGCAAAGAUGAAAAAAGAGUCACUGAUCAGGUCAAGUGACUUUCCAUUUCACACGACCCUUAUAUUUCAAUUUUUUUUCCCCGGUAUAUUAUUGUCUCACUUACAUAAUAUUUUCAUUCUUUGCCUCUUCGAGUCUUCUUUUGGCCUUACGGAAUUAACUUUCUUCUUCUUUGUCACAUUCACAUGUCAUUAUAAGUUAUUUAUAUGUAAUGUAAUGUUUGGACUUUGGACCCGACCUCGAAGCUAUGUUCGGCCCCUAGCAUAAUAAGCAGGGGAUUGGUCGAUGGAUUGAACUUAUCGCUUUAGAACCGGUUUGGGGUAAAAUGGACCCACAAAAGGACUCUUUAAGCU